UGUAAUCAUCAAACCAGUUAAACACAAAAAGCACAUUAUGAGUUCCAAAAUACAAACACUUUUCCUUUUGUUAGUCUUAACAAUAUCCUCCUCAUUCACUGUCAAAGCAUCAUCAAGUGAUGAUGCCGGCAUUGCCAUCUACUGGGGUCAAAACAAUGGAGAUGGCACACUGUCAUCAACAUGUGACACUGGUAACUUUGAGAUUGUGAUAUUAGCUUUCCUCAAUGUCUUUGGAGAAGGAAGACCUCCAAGUUGGAACUUCGCCGGUCAUUGCGGUGACUGGAGCCCAUGCACAAAACUCGAACCUGAAAUAAAACACUGUCAACAGAAAGGUAUCAAAGUUUUCCUUUCCAUUGGAGGUGCUGCUGGAACUUACUCCCUUGGCUCACCAAAUGAUGCUAAAGAUGUUAGUGAUUAUCUGUAUACUAACUUCCUUAGUGGCCAAUUUGGUCCACUUGGAAGUGUUACCUUAGAUGGUAUUGAUUUUGAUAUUGAAGGAGGUACAAAUCUAUAUUGGGAUGACCUUGCUAUAAAUCUUGAUAAUCUAAGACAACAAAACAGGUAUUUUUACUUGGCUGCUGCCCCACAAUGUGUUAUACCAGAUCGCUACCUAGACAAAGCUAUCAAAACUGGCUUGUUUGAUUAUAUAUUUGUUCAAUUCUACAAUAACCCUCCAUGCCAAUAUGAUAUAAUAAAUUCUGAUGCUACAAAGCUCUUGAAAUCAUGGAAUGAUUGGACAUCGUUGGUUCUACCGAAUAAUACGGUUUUCAUGGGAUUACCAGCAGCACCUGAAGCAGCUCCUAGUGGUGGUUAUAUACCACCAGAUGAUCUCAUUACUAAGGUUCUUCCUUUCAUUAAACCUACUUCUAACUAUGGAGGAGUUAUGCUUUGGGAUAGGAACCAUGAUGUUGGAAAUAAUUACAGCAAUCAGAUAAAGGAUUAUGUUAAAAAAUCUGCUCUUCGAUUUGUGACACAAGUUUCCGAAGCAAUAGUCGGGUCUAUCUCAGCGGCUUUGAACGCCUUGUUGCUGAAUUAAAGUAUGUAUGAAUGUAUGUGUAUAAGUGUCUUGAAUAAGAGUGAAGUUUGAACCUCUACAGCCAGCUUUAUGAUGGUUGUAUACCAGUAGAUUAAGAAAUAAAAAUGAUGAUACUUAUUAUGGUAAGUAUCUUUAGGCAUGUCAACCAUCUAUCUAUCUAUCUAGUUACUCUUUGAGUUU